CAGCCCAGUGCACCAUCUUCAUCAGGCGUUCGGGGUGCCGAGUACACUGAUUUAGUGGCUCGGUUGGAUAGGAUCGAGGCUGACACUCAGGGUCUGUAUGCUGCUCAGGCCGAGCUGAAGAAGGCAUACGAGACCAGCCAUGUAGAGCUGAAGGGUGGUCAGAACGUAAUUAUGGAGCAGCUCAGACACAUAUUGGCCAUGUUGAAUCGUCCGCCAACGACAGCUUCAGCACCGGAGGCCCCAGCAGAUCCAUCUACCCCACCACCAGCUGCUUCACCCCCAGUAGAAGAGGAUGAGGUCUUCCCCGACGAUUACGAUCCUUAUGAGGGAGCUCCAGCGACUCCGAUCGAGGCACAACCUCUUAUCCAUGUACAUGACACCGAGUCGCAGGGUGAGAUUCUGUCCAUAGAGGCACAACCUGCAGUGGUUAAGAGUCGGAAGAGGAAGAGAAAGCCUCCUGUAUGGUUCGGUGACUAUACGGAGAUGAAGAGGAGACAUAGGCCAUCUUCGACUUUUGAUCCCCUGGAGCCACCGGACGAGAAAUUGUUAACCACUUUCCGAAAGUGGUGUGUUGGACUCAUUCCGAACCACCGACUUCGGGAUUUGAGAAGUGGUGAUUACGGUCCAGGAUUCUUUUGGAUAAUGCUCACACCAAAGGAAUGGCUUACAGAUGACCAUAUAGAUGCAGCAAUGCAUAUGUUGAGGAGGCGACGCACCGACUAUCCACUGACAUUUCCUCAGAAGGGUAUCAUUCUCUCCACAUUCGUGACCGCCAUGAUCAGCAGUGCAUGGACGAGCCACAAGGGUCCGAGGAAAAACUUUAAAUGGGAGGAAUAUAUCCUGGACUACUGCACAGGGUUUCAUAAGUCCCAAGUCUUUGAGAGAUGGAGGGGUAACGAGUUUAUUUACUUCGUUCUGCACCUUCCCACGGCAAGACACUGGGUCACAGUUGAAGUGGACAUAGAGCUGUGGAAAAUUAAUGUCUACGACUGUGAUUCCAGCGUCUGUCAUUGGACCGCCAUGGAACCCAUCUUGAAGGUUUGGUCAGAACUGCUGCCCUCGCUAAUCCUUGCAACCGGGGAAUUUCCACAUAACAACCAGAUCGUGGCGUUAGCUAACGGUGACAUCGCGGUGCUUCCAAAAAUGCACGCGAGUCGAGCCACUCACGACUUAGUUCCGAAGUCAGCAACCAGUGGUGAUUGUGGCGUGUAUUCCAUUGAGUAUGUGGAGCAUCUCAUGAUGCAGCGUGGAUUGACCGAUGUGACGCCAGACCGGAUAGCCAUGUUUCGUCAACGGUGGUGUGUCGAUUUAUUUUACCAAAAUGUCGGCUGAUUAUAUUUUUAAUUAUUGGGACAUUGUAUAUUUUGUGUAAUUAACAUUACAGUUAUGUAUAUAUAGAUUUUCUUUUCGUUCAAA